AUUAGAGGAGAAAAUAGGUGUGACAAAGCCAAAAGCAGACAGGCGAAGUACAUAACCACUACCAGAUCCCAAAAACAGACAAGAGAGAUUUGUCACGAAGAUGAUGGGUGUGGUGAAGUCGGCGAUUGGUGAUAUGUUGAUGACCUUCUCUUGGGUUGUCCUCUCCGCAACCUUCGGAAUUCAGACGGCUGCGAUUAUCUCCGCCGGCGAUUUGCAGGGUAUCGCUUGGGCUCCGUUGGUGAUCUUGACGUUGAUGAUUUUCGUUUACGUCUCGAUCUUCACUAUUAUCUUCGGCGGUGCUAGCUUUAAUCCUACCGGAAGCGCUGCCUUUUAUGUCGCUGGUAUCCCCGGCGAUACUCUUUUCUCUUUGGCUAUUAGAUUACCUGCUCAGGCAGUUGGUGCUGCAGGAGGUGCAUUGGCCAUCAUGGAGUUUAUACCAGAGAAGUACAAGCAUAUGAUUGCAGGACCUUCCCUUCAGGUUGAUGUGCACACUGGAGCUAUUGCAGAAACGAUCUUAAGUUUUGGUAUUACCUUUGCGGUUUUGCUAAUUAUCCUCAAGGGUCCACGGAGAAUGCUCGCUAAGACGUUCUUGCUUGCUCUGGCAACCAUCACAUUUGUUGUCGCCGGGUCUAAAUACACUGGACCAGCCAUGAAUCCUGCCAUCGCAUUUGGGUGGGCAUACAUGUACAGCUCCCACAACACAUGGGAUCAUAUCUACGUCUACUGGAUUAGUUCCUUCGUAGGAGCAUUAUCUGCUGCAUUGCUCUUCCGUUCUAUCUUCCCUCCACCUCGACCCCAGAAGAAGAAACAAAAGAAAGCUUGAGGAAAACCCCAAUUGUGAGAGUCCACCAGUCAGGUCCUUCACCGGUUUGGGCUGUAGAAAAGACUCACAGAGUUGGUCCAUUCUAAAAUAAGGAGCCUACAAAAGAAAAGUAAAAAUAAAAAUCAAAGUCUCCUCCUUGUUAUUGUUUAGAUUCACUCGCUUAAUUUAUAGAUUUUGUAAGGACGUAAACCUUUUCUCUUGUUUGUUCAUAAAUCAAAUCAUUCAGACUCUCUUUCGGUUUGGAAUCGAUUUUAUUGUUAUCAA